AUGGUCGACGAUUCCGCGUUACUGAGAAUUGACCUCGAGACCGCUCGGAUGCCGGGCCAAGAUAAGUUGAUCGUCGUAAUGGCGGGUUCCAAGGGUAAGGAGGCAUUUCGUAGGCCUCUGCGCCAACUCAAAACUCCGCCCGGAAAACGCUCAGCUCCGCUGAGCCUUUUCCCCUCGAGCCCCGCUCAUCAAUCAUGGUCGCGACAUCGAUCCCUGACUCAGUGCCAAAGUUUGGCAGAUGCUGGGUUAGGAGAAGUAAUCGGUGUCGCUUCCCUCUCCUGUGCUGGCUCUCUCUCUCUCAGACCACGUCUAUCCAGCACAGUGAUCCUCGCAUCUAGGCUCCGCCUAUCGUUUUCUACAAACGCACUCUAA